AAGAAACCAAGAAGCGGCGUUGGAAAAACUUUCCAACUCGCACGGACACUUCAAGUUUUUGGCUAAAAACCCAAAGAAUCCCGACAAGUUCUGCACGCCAAUCGAAAAAUAGAGGAAAUAAAAGCGCAGGACGGGGAGGGGGUUUUUAAGUUCCCAUAAAUCUAAAGUCAAGAAAUUGGCAACUGGCUUUAUUUUAAGUGUUUCGAGAAAGUGGUUCAUGAAAGUUUAAGAAAAGAAACGCUUUCAUCUACACAUUAGGAAUUUUUUUUAUAAUUUAUUGAAUAAUUUAUGAUUGCUUUUGGGUGGCUUAAAUACUUCAGUACUACAAAAUACCCAGCAAUAACACCUUAUCUCAUAGAAAAAACUCUUUUCAUUACUGGCACUUGUUUUUAGAUUGGAGAAUCCUCCAAGACACGCAAUUGUUCAGUUUGUUUGGGGGUUGCAGGAGAUAUUCUGAUGGCGUGCCGGGUUGCAAAUUAGCGGCAAUCGGUGGCUUCGCAUUGCCAUAAAUCAACUGGUCAAUCGAUCAUUAUUAUCGCUCCGUUUUAUCCGCAUUAUCGAAGGGGCAACCCAGGGCGAAGUGCUCCAUUCGGCGGUGGUCACUAGUGGGCGCAGGAUGUCCUUUGCGGAUGACAGCUAUAGCUUUGGGCGCUGCUACGAGUAUCAGCCGGAGGAUUCCAAAUGGCAGGCCACUGGAUCCAGACCCGUGCCCCCAGCCGCCGUGCUGGCCACUCACCGGGAAUCCUCCAGCAGCAACGAGGAGCGGGAUUCCUUUGUUGACAAGGAGAGAAUCGAUGCGGACAUCAACUUCCAGCGGGUCUCCAUUUCGGGCGAGGACACCAGUGGCGUUCCGCUCGAGGAUCUGGAGCGGGCCUCAACCCUGCUGAUCGAAGCGCUGCGCCUGCGCAGCCACUACAUGGCCAUGUCCGAUCAGUCGUUUCCCUCGACCACGGCGCGCUUCCUCAAGACGGUGAAGCUCAAGGAUCGCAUCAACAAUCUGCCCGUCAAGGAGGUGUCGGGAUCCGUAGAUGUCCAUUUGAAGCCAUCGCAGAUGAAGAUAACCAAUCCGUGGAACGUGGAGUUUCCCCCAGACGAGGAUUUCCGAAUCAAGCCCCUCAACGGGGUGUUUCACAUUUACCAGAACGAUGACGAGAGCAGCGAGAUAAAGUUCGAGUAUCCGGAUAUGAGCCAAUUCGUGAAUGACAUGCAGGUCAUGUGCAAUAUGAUUGCCGAUGGGCCACUAAAAUCCUUCUGCUAUCGACGCCUCUGCUAUCUGUCGUCCAAGUACCAGAUGCACGUACUGCUCAACGAACUCCGGGAGCUGGCCGCCCAGAAGGCGGUGCCGCAUCGGGACUUCUACAACACCCGCAAGGUGGACACCCACAUCCAUGCCGCCUCCUGCAUGAACCAGAAGCACCUGUUGCGCUUCAUCAAGAAGACGCUGAAGAACAACGCCAACGAGGUGGUUACCCACACCAACGGCCAGGCAAUGACAUUGGCCCAGGUGUUCCAGUCGAUGAACCUGACCACCUACGACCUGACCGUCGACAUGCUGGACGUCCAUGCGGAUCGCAACACGUUCCACCGCUUCGACAAGUUCAACUCCAAGUACAAUCCCAUCGGGGAGUCGCGACUCAGGGAGGUGUUCUUAAAGACGGACAAUUAUCUGAACGGCAAAUACUUUGCACAGAUCAUAAAGGAAGUGGCCUUCGAUCUGGAGGAGUCCAAGUACCAGAACGCCGAGCUGCGUCUCUCCAUCUACGGCAAAUCGCCGGACGAGUGGUUCAAGCUGGCCAAGUGGGCCAUCGACAACGAUGUGUACAGCUCGAACAUCCGCUGGCUGAUCCAGAUACCGCGCCUCUUCGACAUCUUCAAGUCGAACAAGAUGAUGAAGUCAUUCCAGGAGAUCCUGAACAACAUAUUCCUGCCGCUCUUCGAGGCGACGGCCAGGCCCAGCCAGCAUCCGGAGCUGCAUCGCUUCCUGCAGUACGUGAUCGGCUUCGAUUCGGUGGACGACGAGUCCAAGCCGGAGAAUCCGCUCUUCGAUAACGAUGUGCCUCGGCCGGAGGAGUGGACCUACGAGGAGAAUCCGCCCUAUGCGUACUAUAUCUACUACAUGUACGCCAACAUGACGGUGCUGAACAAGUUUAGACAAUCCCGCAACAUGAACACCUUUGUGCUGCGGCCCCAUUGCGGCGAGGCUGGGCCCGUGCAGCAUCUGGUGUGCGGCUUCCUGAUGGCCGAGAACAUCUCCCACGGCCUCCUGCUGCGCAAGGUGCCCGUGCUGCAGUACCUGUACUACCUGACCCAGAUCGGAAUCGCCAUGUCGCCGCUGUCGAACAACUCGCUGUUCCUCAACUACCAUCGCAACCCGCUGCCGGAGUACUUGGCCCGGGGCCUCAUCAUCUCGCUCUCGACGGACGACCCCUUGCAAUUCCACUUCACCAAGGAACCCCUUAUGGAGGAGUACAGCAUUGCAGCCCAGGUGUGGAAGCUCAGCUCCUGCGACAUGUGCGAAUUGGCCAGGAACAGUGUGAUGAUGAGUGGCUUCCCACACGCGAUCAAACAGCAGUGGCUGGGACCCGUUUACUACGAGGACGGCAUCAUGGGCAACGACAUCACCCGCACCAAUGUGCCCGAGAUCCGGGUGGCCUAUCGCUAUGAGACCCUGCUGGACGAGCUCUCCAACAUCUUCAAGGUGAACCAGACCUGCUCCCUGCCAGACCUGCACGCAUCGUAGUCAUCUGGACAUCUGUGCUCCAUCGCGUUGUUGUGGCUUCCUACGCAAACUUAAUGCAAAUUACGCAGAUAUAUGUACGCUAGUUAUAUACAUAAUUUAAAUGUUUCUGUACUAACCAAAAUGUAAACGCGGCAGACCAAAACCUUUAAAUAUACAAAACUUGUACACGCAA